AUGCCUGCAAAUCCUAGGAUUGAGGUCAGCGUUCGCCGUGAGAUUCAAAUCCUGCGCUUGACCAAUAUCAACCCUCAAUCUUUGGUCAAUAUAAACUUUUCGUUGCGGAAUUCCAAUAACGAAUGGGCGGUCGUCUCGUAUGACGAUGAUUUGGCUACUGCUGCCGGUCGGGGAUACGAACAAAUGGCGAGCCUGACCCCUUUAGAUGAAGAGCCUGUCGCCGCAAUUAACGAGUCUGCCGUCGUCGUCCAGCAUCACGCAUAUUGCUGGAAGCUUAAGUGGCUGAGUCAGUGCAUCAAUACCCGCCUCGGUCCUAGCCGGUACCCCGCUGGUCGGCGCAAGAUGGUGAUCGUCGCCAAAUUCCCCUGCGUGACCCUCGCCAUUCACGAGGAGGUCGCUUCAAUGAUGCCAUUAUCACGCGCAGGCGAUGAACUGGGUUUGCGUUUUCGCUUCGAGGGUAUGGGCGCAGACCCAAGAAUGGUUCUUUUCAUCUCCGGAGGCAACAACUUGUCGAUAACAAAGUCCGGGUUCCCUGCUUCAUUGGAAUACCGCGCGGCCUACAUCGAUAAAUUGAGUUUCUCUUUGCGUAAAGACACAAAGCGAAGAGAAACUUCCUUCGACAUAACGUUCGAUUCGCUUGGAGGUGUCACCAACAGCCUUUUUCCAUCACAGAGCGACAAGGACACCGAAGCUUUGCGAUGCCACAUGAGAGACAUAGCUGCACCCAGGGCUCGAGUUCAUUUCGUAUUUCGAGCACCUACAGACGACGUGGAACGACAGUCAUCUCGAAGCCAUGAAGACUUGUUUCCCAAUUCACUGGAAUCAGUUCGAUUCCCUUGGAGGCGUGACAACGGCCUUUAUCCACCACCGACCGAUAAUGGGACAGAAUCCUUGCUGUGUCAUAUGAAAGGCAUUGCUGCUCCGAGGGCUCGUGUUCAUUUUGUGUUCCGAGCGUCUACGGAUGAUGUGGAACGCUACAACCUCAGGGGUCAUCUGGAAGCAAUGAAGUCGCGUCCUCUGAUUCCCUGGGACCAGUAUCGCAGUCAAACCAGACACACUGCGUUGACUCAGUUUGGACAGGUACUCAGCCGCGACAAAGUCGUUGAGAAAUGGGGUGACGCUGGCCUCCACAAAGUCCCCGCCGCCGAUUCCUUUUUCGAUAUGGAUGAAGCACUGGUCAAGUUGGUCUAUGGUUCAGUGCUUGAUUUCAAUCACUCCAUUGUCGAAUUCAGCCAUUUCAAGUUGACACCCGCGACUCGAUGCAAGGACAUGAGUGUCAUCCUGGAUCGAAAGAGUUAG